GUUAUCCUACCUCAACUACGACCAACUAUGGCACCGGUGUCGAAAUCAGAGAAGAAUGGCGAAGUCCAGACGGAGCAAAAGAAGCGUGGUCGUCCCAAAGGUUCAAAAAGCAAGUCGUCUGUGAUACCGGCUUCAAAGUCAAAGAAGAAGGGAGAAGUGCAGAAGAAGCGAGGUCGUCCCAAAGGAGCGAAGAACAAGGCUUCCGUUCCCUCGUCCAAAAUCAUAAAAGCUAAGAAAACUGUCAAGACGAAGGCGGCCGAAAAACGAGGUCGGCCUAAAACGAAGACGGACGCAGAAUAUCCCGUGAAGUUCGUCGACCUUGUCCUCAGGGCCUUCGAGGCUUUAGACAACCGCAAAGGAACGUCUCUUCAGGCAGUUAAGAAAUACCUCAAGGAAAAUGCAGGAAUUGAUUCGCAGAAGAAGGCCAUCUACAUUAACAAGUCUGUACGAAAGUUGACGGAAGAAGGAGCGCUACGUCAUCGCGUUGGAAUCGGGGCAAGAGGAACAUUCAAGGUGGUUUCAGCAUAGUUAGAAUAGGUCUUAUAAAUUCAGAAAUGCAGAAGUUAUACUCGAAUAAAGAUUUAUCACAUCUAAA